ACUCCCAGCUGUGUGUCAUCAGCCAGGUACCGGCGUGGGUCUCCCUUGUCACACUGGAAACUACUUCUACUAUUGCUUCUGUCUUUAUUAAAGGAUAGCUAACAGCACGGGGAAUUGGGUCAAAAUGACGGAACGAAAAGGAACAGCGAAGUUGGACUUCUUAAGAAAGAUUGAGCAAGAGAUCCAGGAGAAAUGGGAAAAGGAGAAGGCAUUUGAGAUAGAUGCACCGACUACAGUUGGGGAAAGCACAAACAAGAACAAGUACUUUGUCACAUUCCCCUACCCAUACAUGAAUGGCCGAUUGCACCUGGGCCACACGUUCAGUCUGUCAAAGUGUGAGUUUGGUGUUGGAUACCAGUCCCUGAAAGGAAAGAAAUGCCUCUUCCCUUUUGGGCUUCACUGCACAGGAAUGCCAAUCAAAGCCUGUGCAGACAAACUGAAGAGAGAGAUGGAGCUGUACGGAAACCCUCCACAGUUUCCGGACGAGGAUGAAGAAGAGAAAGAGAAGCCACAGACUUUUUCUGAUGAAAUCAUCAUCAAGGACAAAGCAAAGGGAAAGAAGAGUAAAGCUGUCGCAAAAUCGGGAUCCUCCACUUUCCAGUGGGACAUUAUGAGAUCUUUGGGCCUUAAUGACAAGGAGAUUUCCAAGUUCGCUCAUGCUGAACACUGGCUCGAGUACUUCCCUCCUCUGGCCAUCAAAGACCUCAAACAGAUGGGCGUCAAGGUGGACUGGAGGCGUUCAUUCAUCACCACGGAUGUUAACCCCUUUUAUGACUCUUUCGUCAGGUGGCAGUUUGUCACACUGAAGGAGAGAAAAAAGAUCAAGUUUGGCAAAAGGUACACCAUCUACUCCCCCAAGGACGGACAGCCAUGCAUGGACCAUGACAGGCAAACAGGAGAGGGAGUCGGACCUCAGGAGUACACGCUUAUCAAGAUGAAAAUGGUUGAACCGUACACCGCAAAAUUCAAGUCCAAAGUCUUUUACAGCAGUGGCAUGAAGGGCAAAAACAUCUUCCUGGUGGCUGCUACAAUGAGACCAGAGACUAUGUUCGGUCAGACCAACUGCUGGGUGAGGCCCGACAUGAAGUAUAUCGCCUUCGAGACGACCAGUGGAGACAUCUUCAUCUGUACCAGUAGGUCUGCCAGGAACAUGUCGUACCAGGGCUUCACCAAAGAGAACGGAGUGGUUCCAGUGGUCAUGGAAAUACUGGGACAGGACAUCCUCGGCUGUGCCCUUAGUGCUCCCUUGACCUCCUAUAAGAUCAUUUAUGCUCUGCCCAUGCUCACCAUCAAGGAGGACAAAGGUACUGGGGUUGUCACCAGUGUACCUUCUGAUUCUCCCGAUGACAUCGCUGCUCUCAGAGACAUCAAAAAGAAACAGGCUCUGCGGGAGAAGUACGGCAUUGAGGACAAGAUGGUGUUGCCUUUUGAGCCGGUCCCUAUCAUCGAGAUCCCAGGCUACGGGAAUCUCUCUGCUCCUCUGGUGUGCGAUGAGCUGAAGAUCCAGAGCCAGAAUGACAAGGAGAAGCUGGCUGAGGCCAAGGAGAAAGUCUACCUUAAAGGAUUUUAUGAAGGGAUCAUGUUGGUCAACGGCUUCAAGGGCCAGAAGGUCCAGGAUGUCAAAAAACCCAUCCAGAAGAUGAUGGUUGAGAGGGGUGAGGCCAUGGUCUACAUGGAGCCAGAAAAACAGGUCAUGUCCCGCUCAGCUGAUGAGUGUGUGGUGGCUCUCUGUGACCAGUGGUAUUUGGACUAUGGGGAUGCAGAGUGGAAGCAGAAGGCACAUGAAGCCCUAAAGCCUUUGGAGACAUUUUGCGAGGAGACCAGGAGAAACUUUGAGGCUACUCUGGCGUGGCUGCAGGAACAUGCCUGCUCUCGUACCUACGGACUAGGGACUCGGCUGCCUUGGGACGAGCAGUGGCUGAUUGAGUCACUAUCAGACUCCACCAUCUACAUGGCUUACUACACUGUAGCACACCUCCUCCAGGGAGGCGUGCUCAACGGGCAGGGAGCUUCACCACUGGGCAUCAAGCCGGAGCAGAUGACCAGAGAGGUGUGGGACUUUAUCUUCUUUAAGACUUCUCCUUUCCCAAAGACCGAUAUCCCUAAAGAGCAUCUGCAGAGGCUGAGGAGAGAGUUUGAGUACUGGUACCCUGUCGAUGUCCGUGUGUCGGGCAAAGACCUGGUGCCAAACCACCUGUCCUACUACCUUUACAACCAUGUGGCUAUGUGGCCCAAAGACAGUGGGAAAUGGCCACAGGCAGUGCGAGCCAAUGGCCAUCUGCUCCUGAACUCUGAUAAGAUGUCUAAAUCAACUGGAAACUUCCUCACUCUCACCGAGGCCAUUCAGAAGUUUUCAGCAGAUGGUAUGCGUCUUGCUCUGGCCGAUGCAGGAGACACAGUGGAGGACGCCAACUUUGUUGAGACUAUGGCUGACGCUGGAAUCCUCCGCCUUUACACCUGGGUGGAGUGGGUGAAGGAGAUGAUUGCCAACCAGAACAACCUGAGGACGGGACCUGCAGACACUAUUAAUGAUCGGGUCUUUGCCAGCGAAAUGAAUGCAGGCAUCUUAAAGACGGAGCAGCACUAUGACAGAAUGAUGUACAAAGAGGCUCUCAAGAGUGGCUUCUUUGAGUUCCAGGCAGCCAAAGAUAAGUAUCGUGAGCUGGCUAUCGAGGGCAUGCACAGAGAGCUCGUCUUCCAGUUCAUUGAGAAACAAACUCUGCUAUUAGCGCCCAUCUGCCCACACCUCUGUGAAUACACCUGGAGUCUGCUCGGAAAGGCUGGUUCUCUGAGGAAGGCAUCAUGGCCUGUGGCGGGUCCAGUUGAUGAGAUUCUGAUCCGUUCCUCCCAGUACCUGAUGGAGACGGCGCACGACCUCCGUCUGAGGUUCAAAGCUUACAUGCAGCCUCCCAAAAACAAAAAAGGUGACUCAAAACCCCCAGCCAAGCCCUCCCACUGCACCAUCUAUGUUGCCAAGAGUUACCCUCCAUGGCAGCACAGUACCUUAUCCCUGCUCGGGAAGCACUACAAGAGCAACAACGGGGCCCUUCCAGACAACAAAGUGAUAGCAAACGAGUUGGGAGCCCUUCCAGAACUCAAGAAGUACAUGAAGAGAGUCAUGCCUUUUGUGGCUAUGAUAAAGGAGAACCUGGAGAAGAAUGGCCCCAGGGUCUUGGAUCUGGAGCUGGAGUUUGAUGAGCGGGCAGUUCUGAUGGAGAACCUGGUCUACUUGACCAACUCUCUAGAGCUGGAACAGAUAGACGUCCUGUUUGCAUCUGAGGCUGACGACAAAGUGAAGGAGGACUGUUGCCCAGGGAAACCAUUCAGUGUGUUCAGAACAGAGCCUGGAGUGAGUGUUUCCCUGGUCAACCCACAGCCAGCCAAUGGCCUGUUUUCCACAAAUGUUGACAUCCGCCAGGGAGACAGCAGAGACAGCGUCGUCCGGAGGCUCGCCAAGGUCAACAGACUCAUCAAAGAUCUGUCCAGAGUGAAGCUGAUGAGGUACGAGGACCCAGUGCUGGGGCCUCGCCGGGUGCCCGUCCUGGGACAUGAAGAACGGGGCAAACUGCAGAUUUCCACCAAAUCUGUGUUCAAUGUCAAUCUAGAGGAGAAGAAGGUCACUCUGGCUGACAACGGCCUCAGUGUGGACAUCGGGGACACCCUGGUUUAUCUCGUCCAAUAGAGAAACAUUCACUCUCACAAGAACUAACACACAAAGGCACAUGGGGACACAUUCAGUAGUGAAUCCUCUGUGAAAGGUUUUAACUCAUCAUGAAAUGUUACAACAAAGUGGAUUGUUUUUGACAAAAAAAAGCCAUAAAACAAUGACUCAAACGUAUUAUGUUUUUUGUUGUAAUUUGUGUUUCUGAAUGACAACAUUUGCUCUCUGACUUUGCAUAGUGUUAUAUUUCAGAAACACACGUUGUUGUUUUUGUUUUGUUGACUUUCACUGCUGAAUGUGAUCUAGGGGAAUAUUUGAGCUAAUGGGACCUAAAAAGUUUGCAUUUAUCUUCCAUUUAAACAUUAAAUUGCAGUACAUUCAGCUAUGGUCUUAAAGAAAUUGAGAUGAUUCAAGGUUUUAUUAUGGUAUUAUUCUAAGGCAACUGGGUCUAAUACAUUUCUUUAAUAGUUUGGGGGAAAAUUACAACUUUAAAAAUUAUCCAAAAUAUCUGUAGGAUUUGGGUUUGCGACAUUACAACCGAUUUAAUGUUCUAUUCUUGUCUUUGUCAUCUAUCGUUUAAUUUUUGUCAUUUGUCUCCAUGUGUCGCUUGUCUUCUGUCAUAUAAUUCACAAUAAAUAAGCAACUAUCUGUCAAAGAGGCUUUGGAAUAAAGAUUUGUUUUUUUCUUCAAACGACAAACAUUUUCUGUCCUUCUUUGCUGGCCUCCCUUUUUUUUUAUGCAUUUCUCUUGCAUUUCUGUUGUUUUCAUUUAGAUGAUAUUGCGUCUGCUGUGUUGUUACAACAUUGAAGGUGAAGCAUAUGGUUCCCUUAUGUUUUCUUAGCCUGUCAGACUGCUUUCCAAUUUUCUGUCUAUGUAUGAUUCUUGUCUGACUUGUGUUUUUGCCAGAGAAAUAAUAAAAACAGAUGAAAUACUC